CACAGCCCGCUGCGCUCGCUUCGCCGCCCCGCGUCUAGCUAGCCCAGCGUCCGCCGCGCCUUGGCCAAGGCUUCAACAGACCACACCAAAAUGCCAUCUCAAAUGGAACAUGCCAUGGAAACCAUGACGUUUACAUUUCACAAAUUUGCUGGGGAUAAAGGCUACUUUACAAAGGAGGACCUGAGAGUACUCAUGGAAAAGGAGUUCCCCGGAUUUUUGGAAAAUCAAAAAGACCCUCUGGCCGUGGACAAAAUAAUGAAGGACCUGGACCAGUGCAGAGACGGCAAAGUGGGCUUCCAGAGCUUCUUUUCCCUAACUGCGGGCCUCACCAUUGCAUGUAAUGACUAUUUUGUAGUACACAUGAAGCAGAAGGGAAAGAAGUAG